AUUUUAUUCGUUUGUCUAUAAUUUAUUCUCCCUACUUAUUGAUAGCUCGCGCCGCAAACAACCCUUUUGUCACAAUACACUCUGCCCAAGCUAAUGGUGUCGCUUCCAGGGUCCACCUCUGUGUGGUGGUACGGCCGUGCCAUCCGCCUAUAUUUCCUGUUAAGCUUUAUGAUAUCCGCGCUAUGGAUAGUCAAGGUCCUGUACAUAGACUCGAGCAGCCUCGGCAUGCCAUUCAUGCAAUCCGGCCCGCCCAAUUCCAACAGCGAAACAGCCGCUGCUGCUGCUGCUGCCGUGCCCAGCUACCACCGCUACACGUUUGUCGACGAGUCUUCACUUCAGCUGCCCGAGCCCGCACGCGAGUACACACUGGCAUACACCGACCACAUCUACUGCCUGAACCAGAAGAACCGGCUCGGGCGCAAAGGCCGGAUGAGCGAGCUCUUUAGGUACAUGCACCUGAACGUGCAAAUAUUCGACAAGUCGCAAGCCACCCACAUGGAUAUCUGGCGCGACAUGAUCAACCGCGGCUACGAGCGUGCGCUCGUCCUCGAAGAUGACAUCGACUUUGAAGUGGACGCGGUCUCGGUCAUCGGCAAGGCAAUCAACGCGCUGAAUGCAACCUCGGCAAAUUGGGACAUUCUCCAUAUUGGCCAUUGCUCCGCGGAGGAAGGCCGCGGAAAAGCGAAAACCGCGUUUGAUCGGGUGCACAGGUCUGUGCAUCCGUUUUGCACCUCCGGGUAUGUGCUUAGCCGCAACGGCGCGCAGAAACUGUUUGCGUACUUUGUGAAGAACUCUCGGCAGUCGCGCGCGCUUGAUGUACAGAUAGUGGCGCUGAUUAAGCGCAAAAUGCUGAGUGCAUUUUCUGUGCAUCCGCCGGUUGUUUACCAGAGGCGCGACUUGUAUCCGACUGAUGAUGGCGUGGAGCUCAAGGUUUUCAAGCUGUUCAAGAACUCAGCUUGGGAUGAGGCCAGAGAGUUUGUGCCUCGGCUGGCUAAUUGGGCCGAUCCGCUGGAUGUCGAGUUUGUGGACCCUGCAUACAAGCAGAUCCCCAGCUGGAUGGAGGACACAAAGACGAUCAAAUAAAAUUUUAC